GUAGAGAAAAUAACGACGAGCCACAGCCGAUGUUCAGUGGGAGAAAUGGUGCUGACAGAAAGAGAAAACAGGGACCCAGUGGUGACCGGGAUCAGGGAGAUGAAUCCAAGCCUAGCAAUGAGAAACGGAUCAAAGUUGUUGAUGAAGAAGACCGUCCUUAUCAGUUUAGAAAACAGAUGGACAAUACCCACGACGCAAGAAUAAUUGACGUGUGGACGCGUGCAAGACACGCUGUUGGACGCAUCAGAGGGCCACUUUACACCGGAACAGGGAUAAGAGUUGGUACCAAGUACAUUCUCACCGCCUACCAUGUCGCUGCAGACAUAACAAAACAAAACAAAUCUGACGAUGUCGACUGGUCAAAGCUUGAUUCCAAACAAGUUUGGAUCGAGUUCCAUUUCCCCAAAAACAGCGCCAUUGACAAAUUCUACUUUGAACCGGAGCUGAUAGCAGGUGACCGGCACCUUGAUUUUGCAUUUUUAGAAUUGAAACCGGUAGCUUUUGAAAUCCCAAAACCAAUAACAAAGUUUGGGAAACCAGACAACAGUCAAUUAUUUGCAUUGCUUGGUCACCCGGCUAAACCGAAAAGUGAAAUAAUGCAAUUUGAUUCCAAUAUUAAACUUUUUGAUCUGAAAAAUAGCGAGCGGCGUGAAUAUAUGAUAAAAGAUGACAAAGAAAAAUCUGGAUAUGAGGGAAUCCGGGACGAAGGGAAAGUUCUGUUCGAUUGUUGGGUCCAGCGCGGAGCGUCUGGGUCACCCGGAAUCGUUAUGGGAAACGAUGACGAAGAACCAAUCUGCACUUUGAUGUUGGUGAGAGGAUUCCCGAAACAGGCAUUCCCAGAAAAUGGCGAUUUUCCACACGAGAAAAUGAUUGAGCAGGGUGUAACAAUGGAGGCAAUUGCUAAGAAAAUAUGUAGUAUGGGAAAGAGCGCCAAAAUACUGAAAAUAGACAUAUUUGGUGAUCAUUUUCCAUAACACUGAAAAAAGAAUGUGGACUUUCUAGUGCCUUUCUCAUUGUGAAUCAUGUGACCACAAUUUGUGACACCCAAAUCAGUAAGUUUUCGAUAACUAUGAUUUUUGUAUUUUUCUUUGAAUCAAUACGCUGUCGUAAUUUCACUAACAAUUGAAACUGCAAAAUGCUUUGUACAGUAAAAAGUUACAUAGGAAACAUAAUCUUUUAGAAAUCAUAUCAUAUAUUUUUUGAUAAAUUCUUUUUAAAUCCCUUUUACAAUGAAAAAGAGGUUGAAAUAUUCUUUUAUGGGUCCAUAUUUACUUUUGAAAAUUAGGACACAGCACAGUUUGGACAUUUGGUAAGAUCGGGAUACAAAACUGCAGCAGUAGGUGCGAGUUAGAUAUUCUUUGGGCAGCUAAAUACGUUGUAUCCAUGUUAUUGUGUUGGAUUUGUAAAUAAAGUACAUUUAUAUAUUUUA